GCCUCGGUCCCAACCUCACAGCAAAGCAAGCAACGGCGACGCCUUUUCAGUUCGGCUCCGGAGCUGCUGCGCGCCUGCUAAUCUUCACGACUGGAGCGGCACGGCCCCCACUGAGCCACCCACCGGCGUCCGCGCGAGCGUGAGGGGCUGACCUGAGCGGAGCGGAGCAACUGAGGUCUUGAGCGGGGUCGGUGGUGCGAGCAGGCAUGGCGGCGGCGCUGGCGCGGCGGGUCGCGGCGGCGGCCCUGGCGCGGGGGCGCGGGAUGUGCUCGGCGCCCGCGGCGGCGGGGCGCGCCGCCGCGGCACUGUCCUCCGAGGAGCUCAUGCGGAUGGAGCGGGACUGCAGCGCCCACAACUACCAUCCGAUCCCCAUGGUAUUCUCCAAAGGAGAAGGUUCACACAUAGUGGACCCUGAAGGCAACAAAUACAUUGAUUUUCUCUCUGCUUAUUCUGCAGUCAAUCAGGGUCAUUGCCAUCCAAAAGUUCUGAGAGCUUUAAUAGAACAGGCAGAAAGGCUUACACUCAGUUCUAGAGCUUUCUACAAUGAUAAAUUCCCAAUCUUUGCGGAAUUUCUGACAAGCAUGUUUGGAUAUGACAUGAUGUUACCGAUGAAUACUGGAGCUGAAGGAGUUGAAACUGCUAUCAAGUUGGCUAGGAAAUGGGGUUAUGAGAAGAAAAAGAUACCAAAGAAUGAGGCUUUGCUUGUCUCUUGCUGUGGGUGUUUCCAUGGUCGAACUCUUGGUGUCAUUUCCAUGAGUUGUGACAACGAUGCAACUCGUGGUUUUGGUCCUUUGGUUCCUGGCCAUCUUAAAGUUGAUUUUGGAGAUAUUGAUGGGUUAAAGAAAGUUUUUGAAGAGCAUGGAGACCGGAUUUGUGGUUUUUUGUUCGAACCUAUCCAAGGUGAAGCCGGGGUAGUAAUCCCACCAGAUGGCUAUCUGAAAGGAGUCAGAAAUUUGUGUUCUAAGCACAACAUUUUAAUGAUUGCUGAUGAGAUCCAAACAGGCAUAGCUAGAACAGGCAAAAUGCUGGCAUGUGAUUGGGAAAACAUUCGACCUGACAUGGUGAUUCUAGGCAAAGCACUUGGUGCUGGAGUUGUCCCAGUCAGUGCAGUUCUUGCAGACAAGGACGUCAUGCUGUGUAUCAAACCAGGGGAACAUGGAAGUACAUUUGGUGGUAAUCCGUUGGCUAGCGCUGUGGCAGUUGCAUCACUGAAAGUGGUGAGAGAUGAAGGUCUUGUUGAAAGGGCUGCAAAGUUAGGACAAGAGUUCAGGGACCAGCUACAGAAGAUCCAGCAGAAAUUCCCUCAAAUCAUAAAAGAAGUGCGCGGAAGGGGUUUGCUGAAUGCAGUGGACUUAAACAAUGAUGCACUGUCUCCUGCUUCUGCAUAUGACAUCUGCAUCAAGUUGAAGGAGAGAGGCAUUCUAGCAAAACCCACACAUGACACCAUAAUCCGAUUAGCCCCACCCCUUUCAAUCAGUCAUGAGGAGCUUGCACAAGCAUCAAAGGCGCUCAGUGAUGUGCUGGAGAUUGACUUGCCACAGAUGCAGAAGCAGAUCAAGAAGCCAGAAUCAGAGGCAGAGAAGCCUGUCUGUGACAGAUGCGGCAGGGACUUGUACGGAUGAGCCAUUUCCAGCGACGCCUCCGAGCAUAGAUAGCUGCAUUUUCACAACAGAAAGCGCGGAUUGUCAAUAUUCUUAGUCACCGUAGUAUUAUCCAUCUCGUUGCAUGUAUAUUCUGGGAAUGUUGUUGCUUGUGCUGUUACCGUGAUUAAUGGCAAAUAAAUGGGGGUAGCAUUCACCUGCACUGUGAAUCUACCAUGAAGUCAUGUGAUUUUCUUUC